ACCCCGCCUUCCGGCGCUUGAUGACAGUUUGAUCGCAGUCUCGUAGCAACACUGGCUUUCUCCCGGCAUGCUUAGCGGCGAAGCGCCAGAUGACCUGGGUCCUGUGUUUACAUCUGAUUCCAUCAAGUUUAUUGGGGAGACCCGAAUCGGCCACCGGCUAAACAUGGCGGAUAUGAGGCCAGCACACACAGCCUGAUAACCUGCACACACUGACACAGGGGGGGCAUUAAAUCCCAUUCAGCUGGGAUUACGGAUGUUUAUUAAUCAGACAUAGCAUAGAUACACCUUUCCUAUCUGAUUGUGUGAAGAGAGCUAUUCAAAGAUGCCUCCUGCCAUGGACUGGGAGAAGCUCCUGAGAGUGGAUCCAGAUACCCUUCCCGGCCAAGAAAGAUUAGCUGACAAAAUGCUUAAAUCUGUAUCACAGGUUAAUGGCUCAAAUUUGAAAGAUGAAAGUCCUGAAAAUCUCAUACACCUGUUUCGUAUUUCACAGUCCUUGAUGAAGAUGAAAGCACAAGAAGUGGAACUUGCUCUAGAAGAGGCUGAGAAAGCUGGAGGAGAACAAGCCAGAAUUGAAAAUCAAUUAAGGAGUAAAAUCAAGCAAUUGGAAAACGAGAUGGAGAUAUCACAGCUCUCCACUGGAACCAGAGAUACACGUUUCUUACGUGAAGAAAUACGGCAACUUGAGGAUCAGCUGGGACAAAGGGAGCGAGAGCUGAAAGACAUAGUGAAGGAGCUGGAGAAAGAGAAGCAAGUCAAUGAGAAACUUGCGCUCCGAAAUGAAGAAACCGAUAAUGAAAACAGCAAAUUAAGGAGAGAGAAUGAACAACUACGACAAGAUGUCAUAGACUACCAGAGGCAAAUUGACUCUCAGAGGGAAUCUCUUAUGGCACGUGGGGAUGGGCCUGAUUACAAAUCUGCAAUUUCUAAAAAGAAUAUGGAACUUGUACAAUAUCUUGAUGAAAUUCAGAGCUUGUCUGAAGCUAAUGAGAAACUGGAAGCCCAAAACCAGGAAAUGACUAAAAAUCUUGAAGAAUCUGUGCAAGAAAUGGAAAAAAUGACUGAAGAAUACAGCAAAAUGAAACGUAUUGUGCAACAAACUGAUAGCGUCAUGGACCAAUUGAGAAAGGAAAAAGAGCAUUAUGCACUUCAGGUUCAUGAGCUAACAGAGCAACUACAGGCUAAAAAUGAAGAAGAUGAUCCAGUCAUGAUAGCUGUAAAUACAAAAGUGGAGGAAUGGAAGAGGAUUUUGGCAUCCAAAGACGAAGAGAUUAUGGAAUAUCAACAGAUGGUCCAAAAUCUUAGAGAGAAACUUAAAAUCUCACAGUUGGAUAAAGACAAGAACAGCGUCCUGGCUCUCCAGCAGGGCUUGCAGGAACGUGACAAUCAAAUUAAAAUGUUAACAGAGCAAUUGGAGCAACACACUAAAGAAAUGGAUUCCCAUUCACUUCAUAUUGAGCAUGUAAAGCAACAAUUACAGAAAGGGUCUUCAAAACACACAGACCAAAUUCGUAAUGAAGAAUUUCAAAGGAUGUUGCAGAUUCUUGAACAAAGAUUGAAAGAAGCAGAACGGGUUGCAGAGUUGGCAGAGAAUGAUGCGAGACAAAAAGACAAAGAUCUCAUUGAUGCCCUGAGGCGUUUGCAGGAAUAUGAAUCAGGAGUUUAUGGCCUUGAAGAAGCUGUUGCAGAAAUUAAAGAAUGGAAAGUAAAUCUAAACAUAAGAGAUCGUGAAAUUGAAGCCUUAACAAAGGAUAUCAACAAACUUGAGCUGAAAGUUAAUGAUGUCCUUGAUGAGAAUGAAGAUCUACGAGAACGUUUGGGUCUUGAGCCAAAAACUAUUAUCGACUUAACAGAAUUCAAAAAUAUAAAAGCCUUAAAACAACAGCAAUACAGAGCUGAAAAUCAGAUCCUUCUGAAAGAGAUUGAAAGGUUGGAAGAAGAGCGUAUUGAAUUGAAACAACAUAUUCGCAAACUAGCUCAAGACAAAGGCAAAAGAGUGGCAUCUUUAGGUCUGACAGCUGAUGAUCUCCACUUGAAUGAUAGUUCUCUUGCAAAUAUGAUUUCUAAAAAAAGGAGUGAUUUCAUAUUGGUAGAUAACACAGAGGACAUAAAAGGAAAGAAUGAAAAUCUUACAAAGCAACUUAACGAAAAUGAAAGAGAACUUGAAAGAAGUAAAACCAUUGUGGCGGAGCUAAAAUCUAAAUUAAAAGAACUUUCUGAAGAGAAUAGGCAGAUGCAGCAGGGGAUGGCAGAAAUAUUGCAGGCUCUCAAAGACUCACAGAAAGAUUCAUCCGUGAAAGGGGGAGAAGCAACUUUGAUAAUCCCUAGCCUCGAACGCUUGGUUAAUGCCAUCGAAACAAAGCAUGCUGGAGGUGGAUUUGACGUGAGUGUUCAUUUGAAAGCCCAAGCUGAUCAGCUGACUGGAAGAAAUGAAGAACUAAGGAAAGAGUUGAGAGAAUCACGCAAGGAAGCCACAAAUCUUUCCAACCAAUUGUCAAAAGCUAAUGAAAAGGUUUCACACCUGGAAAAUGAACUUACGCUUCAACGACAAUCAGAAGGGGCCAACAUUAUUUUCAAAGCAAUAAAUCUACCAGAAGGAAUGUCCGCAUCUAGCACUAACCUAAUCAACUCUCUCAACGAGUACCUUCUGCAUCUCUUACAGGAAUUAGAAUCUAAGGAACAGUCAAUUGUGAAAUUGGAUAAUGCCUUAGAGGAAUACAAAAGAAAAUUUGCUGUGAUACGGCAUCAACAAGGACUGUUGUAUAAAGAGUAUCAGAGUGAAAGAGAGUCCUGGAAACAGAAGGCGGAGAAGCUCAAAGAAGAGAAUGAAAACCUGGAGAGUCAAAAAGAGCAGGAAGCGGUCCAAAUUACAGAGUUUAUGAACCUGCUCGAAGCUCUGAAAAUGGAUCCUGAUGAAAUGAAAAGACUGGUUGCAGAAAGUUCACGAAAAAUGACCGUUCUCCGAGUAAAUGAAAAGUCACUGACUAGAAGAUACACCACAUUGUUUGAAAUGGAACAGCAUCUCCGAAAAGAGAACUCCAAAUUAAAAAGUGAAAUAUCGGAGAUGGAGGUCACAGUAGGAGAAAGGAUUGGAUAUUUGCAAAGAUAUAAGGAAGUGGCUGCCUUUAAAAUAGCCUCCCUUCAAAAAGCUUUGGAUGAUAGUGUUCCCUCGGCUGACUUGGAAUUGGCUAAUAAGCAGUAUAAUGAGCUGACUGCCAAAUACAGAGAUAUGCUACAGAAGGAUAAUUUACUUGUUCAGAGGGCAACGAAGCUGGAACAACUAGAGCAUGAAAACGCAUCGCUGAAAACACAGAUUGUUUCUUAUAAUAAAGAACUGGAAAUUGCAAAAGAAAAACUCUACACUCUUGAGCAAGCUUUUGAACACAUAAAUGCAGUUGGAGGGAAUUCGGCUAUGGAUAAAGCAACAAAAGUGAUUACUAAUAAUGAAAUUGUGUCCAUAUCCAAGAAAAUAACGAUGCUAGAAAUGAAGGAGUUAAAUGAAAGACAGAGAGCAGAGCAUUCACAGAAAAUGUAUGAACAUCUGAGGGCCACACUAAACCAAAUAGAGGAACGCAACUUUGAACUUGAGACAAAGUUUGCUGAGCUCACGAAGAUCAACCUGGAAGCCCAGAAGGUGGAGCAAGCAUUAAGGGAUGAGCUUGCAAACAGUGUCAGUAAAGCUGUGUCUGAAGCAGAUCGGAGAAGGAUCACAGACCUGGAGAAAAGUGAAGCUGAGCUUAAAGUUGAAGUUUCCAAACUUCGUAGUGUUUCUGACAUAGCCAAAAUGCAAGUUUCAACUUUAGUAGCUCGUCAGCAGUCCAGAGAAAAAGAGGUGGAAUCGUUGCGAAAGCAAGUUUUGGACUAUCAGGAUCAAACAGAUGAAAAAGCACUAAUCGCCAAAUUACAUCAGCAAAUUGUUGCUCUUCAAAUUAGCGAAUCUACAGCUGUAGGCAAAUUGGAAGCUGCAGUAACCAAACUACGUAAGCUGGAAGCCUACAGUUUACGCCUUGAGCAGAAGAUUGAUGAUAAAGAGCAGGCUUUGUAUUUUGCCCGUUUAGAAGGAAGAAACAGAGCCAAACACCUUCGUCAAACUGUCCAGUCUUUAAGGCGCCAAUUUAGUGGGGCUCUUCCUUUAGUCCAGCAGGAGAAGUUCUCCAAAACCUUGAUACAAUUGCAGAAUGAUAAACUUAAGACAAUGCACGAAAAGGAACUGGUUGAAAAAGAACACAGGGAAACAGAGACACGAGCACUGGAGUUAGAACUGAAGCUGAAGAGUUUGGAAGAGUUAAUCGGAACUCUUAAAGAUGCUCGGGGAGCUCAAAAGGUUACAGAAUGGCAUAAGAAAAUGGAAGAACUUCGUCUGCAGGAAUUGAAGCUGACUCGAGAGCUAAACCAAAAGAAAGAGGAGAUAAAAUAUUUAAAUAAUAUAAUCUCGGAGCAGGAACGUACAAUAGGCACACUGGAAGAAGAAGUGGUUCAGCAAGGCAAAUUUCAUGAAGAACGACAGAUGGCAUGGGAUCAAAGAGAAGUAGAGCUGGAACGCCAGCUGGACAUGCAUGAGCUACAACAAAAUGAAGUUCUCAGCACUGCUCGAAGGUUUGAAGAGGUGACAGGAGCUGUGCCUGACUCCAGCCUACCCUUACCUCAACAGCUGGAGAUAGCACUACGCAAGAUAAAGGAGCAUGUGAGGACCAUUAUGGAAACCAAAGCUGUGUGUAGAACACUAGAAGAGAAACUUAAAAACAAAGAAUCACAAAUGUGGACAUCUGAACAAAAUGUUUUAAGCCGAGACAAGGUGAUCAAUGAACUAAGACUCCGAAUACCAGCAGCAGCAGAGCGAGAGAAACUUCUAUCUGACCUUAAUCAAAGAGAUGAGGAGUCGGAACAGCGCCAAGCUUUAAGAGUUGCCCAUCAAACUAUUGCGAGCAUGCAGGCUAGAUUGAAUCAGAAGGAAGACGUACUAAAAAAAUACCAACAUCUCCUUUCCAAAGCAAGAGAGGAACAGGAAGAAAUCGCAAAAAAGCACGCAGACGACAUCAGAGUAUUGCAUCAAAAGCUGAAUUCAUAUUCUGACACUUCUCUUAAUAAAAUUAAAGAAUCUGCUUUGGAACUGAUGAAGAAGCCCUCGCUGCAGAUUUCAUCGAGCGCACACUUUAUGCGUUUGGCUGAAAUGGAACAGACUGUUGCAGAACAAGAUAACUCAUUGGCUUCACUCUCCAACAAACUAAAGAAAGUGACCGCAGAGCUGGAACAGCAGAAACAAAUCACUAUAGCACAAGUGCAUGAGCUACAGAACAGUAAGACCAGACUCGAAGAGAAUUACAUUAUGGAAAUUAAAAAUAUAAAGAAUGAAGCUGAAGAGCUGAGAUCUCGUCUGUCUCAGAUGGAGAAGGAAGUUCAGUAUCUUAACACAGAACUAGAGGUCCAGAAGGAAGCAAAUACCAGAGCUCCAACUGCAACUAUGAAGAAUCUGGUUGAACGCUUGAAAAAUCAGCUGGUCUUGAAAGAAAAGCAGCAAAAGGCAUUAAGUAAGGCUUUGCUAGCUCUUAGGUCUGAAAUGACUACUCAUGCUGAACAGCAAAUUAUUGCUGCAGCUGCACUAAAGGAGGAGAAUUUAAACAUUCAAGAAAUCAUUGACCGGCAAACAAAGGAUUUGAAGGCACAAAUUGAAGAUUUAAAUGAGCAGCAGCUAAAGCUGAAAGAGACACUGAAAAGUAGCAGAAACAGGGAGAAAAGCCUUGCAGAAGACCUUGAAAAUCUAAACGAUGAGGUGCGAGAAAAACAGAAAGUCCUUAACAAGCUGCAGAAGGACAAAGAUGAAGUGGAUAAGGAGAAUGAGGAGCUGAAAAAGAGGAUAAAGCGUCUGGCAAACAGCAUGCAGACUAAGCACGAUUUAGAGAAUAAACAAAGUGUUGUAGAAGAACUUCAGAAAAAAAUAAAAGUGCUUGAAGCAGACUUGGUGAAGAAAACCGAAGAAGCUGGCAGAAAGCCUUCCCGAGAAGAUAAGGGCUCUAAAGAAGAGAUAAUUAGAUGGGAAGAAGGCAAGAAAUGGCAAAGUAAAAUAGAAGGAAUGAAAAAUAAGCUCAAAGACAAAGACAAGGAAAUUGAAUCUUUGACAAAACAGCUUACAACUUUGAAAGAGUUAUAUUCUAAAGCCGAUCAAGAAAAAAUGGUAUUGACGAAAAAGCUGAAAUCCCGUGGAGUUACUGUAGAUCAAGUAGUAGGAGCGCGGACUGUGGAAUCUGAGAAAGAAGUGGAGGAACUGCAGAAAAUAAAUUAUAAAUUAGAAAAUGAAAUUGCGCACAUGAAGACACAGCAAGCCUUGCCUAGAGAUUCGGUGGUAGAUGACUUGCAUAUGAAAAACCGGUAUCUGCAGGAAAAGCUCCUGCUGUUGGAAAGGCAGGUUUCUAAAGAGAACCUUUCCAGACCUUCGAGUGUAGCAGGAGACACAGAUGAAUUGACUUUUCCUUUAUUUGAGACUGGAGCUUCAACAUACAAAAACUCUGUAUUUCCUAAUAAAAAGCGAAACCUAUUGAGAAGAACAAAGGGAAGCAAACAAUUCCUUUCUGAUGGUAAAUUGUGUGAUGGAGGAUAUAUAUCUCCUUCAAGUAGAGAAGAACAUCUAAAAGGCCAGGUAGAUAGUAUGGGAGCCAUCUCCAAACAAUGUGAUAGUUAUGUUUUAGAUGAGGAAAACAUUCUUAAUCCACAAAAUGAACAAGAUGUUAAAAAGGCUGCUGUAAUUCCAUCAAUAGAAAAAGAACGGUUUCUUUCCACCCACAAGACAUCACCUGUUCCAGAUAAUUCUUUAGCAUCUAAAAAUCUAGAUGCGUCUCCAAUAGCAAGUAAUGGAUCACCUUCUGCAAGUAGAGAAACAACCCCUGGACCCAGUGAUUUUUCAGCAUCUGCAAGUGAAGGAGCAACUUCAAAACCAUGUGAUGUCUCACUUCCUGUUAGUACAACUGCUACACCAGGGCUGGGCGAUGCUUCAUGUGCCGCAAGCACACAAGCUAUUAAUGAACAGGGAUCGCAUGAUAGCAGUGAAGAAAAUACUUUAGAUACAAUAUCAAACAAGGACUAUACAGUGGGCAUGGAAGACUAUCACAAUGGAGAACUUCAAAAUACAAAAGAAGAAACAAGGGAGCAAGAGUUAACUAACCUGAGUGUUUCAAGAUGUAGUGAAAGUAGAUCAGAAUCUCAAGCUGCAUGCAGUACUAAUUCAUCACGUAGAACCUCUGCAGCUGAACAUAGAGUUAGCAUUGAGGACACCAGCGUAGCACAACCCGCAGAAGAAGAAUUGACAAAAAGCUGCAUCUCUAAAGUAGAAAUGAGCUCAGAACAAAAUGUUCUACCCCAGACCUCCGGGAUAGGGUCAGAUUAUCAGCUCAGUAGAGAUAUGGAACUUCAGAAAGAAAAUCUGAGGUUAUCAGCUGAAAAUGUGGAGUUGCAGCUUCAGCUAGAGCAAGCACAGAAAGAUCUUCCUCGAUUAAAGGAUCAGAUCACUAAUUUGAAAGAAAUGUGUGAUCUUCUCAAAAAAGAGAAACUGGAUGCCGAGCGCAAAUUGGGAAAUGUCAGAGGGUCUGGAAGAAGCGGAAAGACCGUUCCCGAGCUGGAAAAGACUAUUGCUUUGAUGAAAAGAGUAGUAGAAAGAGUUCAGAGAGAAAAUGACGACCUUAAAAAAGCCCCGGGAGUUGUGUCCAAUGAAAAAUUGACAAACCUUGAACUGGAAAAUGAACGGCUGAAGUCGGAAAUAGAAAAGCUGCAGCUGCAUGUGGGUGGACAGUUAAGUACGAGAUAUGAAGCAAAGACAAAAGGCAUGGAAAAAGUAAUUACAGAAAAUGAGAGGCUUCGAAAAGAACUGAAAACGGAAUCUGAAAAAUCAGAGAAACUAAAGAUUGCAAAAAGAAGCUUGGAGGUCAUGAAUGAGAAGCUCGCAAUGAACUUGGAAGGAACCAGGACUAAACUGAGCUUGGCUGAAAGCAGAGGACCACAACUUGAGGGCACUGAAGGAAAAGCAUGGAAAUCAGUCGUUGUAAGCAAAAUGUAUGAGACCAAGAUGAAGGAAAUGGAAUUAGAUCUUAAAAAGAAAAAUGACAGUAUUUUUGAUCUAAAAAAGCUAUUGAAAGAAGCAACAGAGCAUGAGCUCAAAACGGAGAAAACUAUACAACAUCUCAAAGAUGAAAUUGAACUUUUGAAGCAUUUUCCUGAAGAUUCCAAGACAGAGCCAGGCCUUACCAGGGACUUUCAGAUACUCAGAUUAGCCAAUAAUCGUCUGGAGAAUGAAAAGGCUGAAUUACUGCACCAGCUUGAAGCAUACAGACACCAAUUUAUUGCUCAUUUUCCAGAAACAAACGCGUCUGGAUACGAUGAAUUAUUUGAUAAAGCAAGAAAAUAUGACAAAUUGAUGGAAGAUAUGGUUGAUCUACAAACUCAUGUUAAAACUUCAGAUUUGGAGAAACAGCACUUAAAGGAAGAGAUCCAAAGACUGAAAAGAGAGCUAGAAAACUUUGACCCCACAUUUUUUGAAGAAAUUGAAGAUCUAAAGUACAAUUAUAAUGAAGAAGUUAAAAAGAAUAUACUUCUUGAAGAGAGAUUGAAGGCACUUGCAGAACAGUUUGGGGUACAUGUAGAGAUCCCAGCAAGCGGGGAUUAAGAUAAAAUUGGUGUGGCGUUCUGCGGUCAUGGUGUAACAUGCACAUUAGGUUUCAUGUGAUGACAUUGAUUUCGUGUUAAAUCCAUCAUUUUAUGAAGGCACACGCAAAUAUAAAUGAAACGUUAUUUAUUGAUAUGAUGCAUAACAUUGGUGUUAGGAGGAACAAACAGGUGUGCUUCUGGCCUACUUGAUUAAAGUCCCUGACUAGCUUUUAAAGCACCACAAUCACUGCUGCAUUCUGAACUGGUUAUGAUGCCCCUCCCAUCCCUCAAUGCAAGUAGUCAAACCGUUUAAUUUCUUACCAGAUGUCGGCCGGGCACCACUCCACACAUGCUGUCUGCUGGAAUCUCUCUUCAUUUAGCCAAGUCCAAGCGGUGCAGGGUAUAACUUAUUGUCUGUAAGCAAUCAGCUCACAGUGAGCUAGCCUGCACUGAAUAUCUUAGGUCAGCAGGGCUUAUGGAAGUUCAAAAGCAGGAGCUUCCAGUAGAGAAGGGGUGUGGAACGAUUCCCGGCAGGUUUCUAUUUAAGAAGUCAAAUUGGUCCUACAAGUAGCAAGGGCCAAAGGAGAGGGGCACCAUACCCACUGCAGGUUGUGUAGUGAUUAUGGGGUUUAGAGUGUUCCUAGGAUGACAUUUCACUAUUGGCACUGGCCCAAAAAUCUAAAUUAUUAUAGAACCGGCUGAGUUGCCAAGCUUUAGAAACCCUUAACCUGUAAAAAUUACAGUAGAGAUGUUUAUAUUCUGUUUAAUUUAAUAUUUUUUCUAAUAUACAUUAUAGUAAUAUAUAUAGUUGAGAU